CACCCCCUCUCGACGGCCGGCGGCAAUAACAGUUGGAAGAGGGGAAGUUGAGAGGUCGCGUUAGCAACGAGGUGACACUGCUUCAAUGUUUAUUUCAGAUCCUCCUUAAUCCAAAACUAACUAGAAACCCACCGACAAACGGCUGUUUUCCACCCCGAAAUCAGGCCCCGUUGUAUUCAAAGGGACAUCUAGCCGGUAAGCUUCCGUUAGCCCAGCAGGUUGCUAUGUCGCAGGGAAGCGGUUGGACAAACUCAUUUGAGCUACAUCGCUUUAUUUGAAAAGCUCGUCAAAAGAUGGCCGUGUCGGUGCGGGGCUUGUACUUUGUACUGACCCUGUUCUUGGCCAGUUUCUUCGGGAGCGUCUUCAUGCUGGGUCCGGUUUUACCGCUCAUGCUGCUGUCCCCCGCGUGGUACCGCUGGAUUACCGAUCGCAUCGUCGCCACCUGGCUCACCCUGCCCGUGUCCCUCCUGGAGCUGGUGUUCGGCGUAAAAGUGGUAAUCACGGGCGAUGCCUUCGUCCCUGGCGAGCGUAGCGUCAUCAUCAUGAACCACCGCACGCGUCUGGACUGGAUGUUCCUUUGGUGUUGCCUGCUGCGCUACAGCUACCUGCGCCUGGAGAAAAUAUGCCUCAAGGCCGCGCUCAAGGCUGUGCCCGGCUUCGGCUGGGCCAUGCAGGUGGCCUGCUUUGUCUUCAUCCAUCGUCGCUGGGAGAAAGACAAGGAGCACUUGGGGAAUAUGCUGGACUACUUUUGUGACAUCAGAGAACCCCUGCAGCUGCUGCUCUUCCCAGAGGGCACGGAUCUCACCGAAAACACGAGAGUGCGUAGCGACGAGUUUGCCGCGCAGCAUCACCUGCCCAAAUACCAACACGUGCUGCAUCCGCGCACCACCGGCUUCACUUUCAUUGUGGAGCGAUUGCGAAAAGGAGACAACCUGGAUGCGGUGCACGACAUCACCGUGGCUUACCCCAAGAACAUCCCGCAGACCGAGCGCCACCUCAUGCUGGGCCUCUUCCCCCGUGAGAUCCACUUCCACGUGCGGCGCUAUCCCGUCAACACGCUGCCCGCCGCCUCCGCCGAGCUGGAGUCGUGGUGCCGUGAGCGCUGGGCCGAGAAGGAGUCGCGCCUGCAGGACUUCUAUUCAGGCCAGCCGCGGGCUUUCGACCGGGAGGGCGCGGCACGGGUGCCGCCGUGUAAGUCCGAGCUGCGCGUAGCGCUGAUCAAAGCGGCCUCGCUGCUCUACUGGACCGGCUUUAUUGCGCUUUGCUUCGCCGGCCUGUGGUUGUGGGCUCCCGUCAGGUUGUACUUCCUGGUGGUGGUGGGCGUGUACGUUGCCCAGCAGAAGAUGGCGGGCGGGCUGGAGCUGGUGGAAUUGGCCUGCCAUCGCUAUUGGACCUCCGUGGCAGGCGAUGGCGAUGACAAGAUGGCGGAUGGAAAAACGCAGUGAGGACGAUGUCGACUUGUGACACUUAAGGAUGUUUUUUGUGGGGUCCUCCUUUAGAAAGGGAAUCGCCUACAGGCUGCUUGCUUGACCUCAGCAGGAGGCUCAAGAGGGGCAUGUUGCCCACAUCCCUCUUUUUGUCUCCUUUUAUUACCUCCGCUUACUAUGAAUCGCACCAGACGACUCAUAUGCUACCACCAAAUUACUGUGGCACUCCUGCGUUUCCAAUGCUCAGUUUUGGUUGCUUUUCCAAUUCAAAAUAGUACAACAGCAAUCAACUACGCUCAAACUUAACAAAUUCUACUUAAUUGAAUUCAUUUGUCCGAGACAAAACAUGCCAACAAAUUACAACAGUCUACAAUGAUCACUUAUUUUUCCCGGAAUUUUUUUGUGGAAGGAGACUGACGGCAGCAAAAAACAAAAAAAAAGUUUGUUUUGCGUUGGUUUUCUCAUUCAAAAUAGUGCUGUGGGAAACUGCAAAAAAAAAAGGGGGGGGGGGGACACCGCUUUGAGCCCGUCUGUCGGACCAGGAGAAGUAAUUAGUGCAAUUUUAUCCAAAAGGACACUAAGGGCAAAUGAUACAGUCAAGUGGAUGCUAGCAUGUGCUGAUUUUCGCCAUUGCUAGCAGCGUAGGCUCAAACGUCAACAAUCGCACCCACUUGGUAUCAGCUCACCUCGGUGUUGACCCAAACGAUACUUUGCGCUACUGUUUCUUGCUAAAAGCGACGUGUCAAUCGCAAUUGGCGCCUUGUACGAGAAAGACGGCGACCGAGCAAAGCCGAGCUGAGCCCCGUCGACUCCGCGCAUUGGAAAACGGGACAAGGGCCACCCCAGAGUUUCAAAACGGCAAUUCGUUUUUUGUCGUCCUCCCUGAAGCAGGGCGUCAAAUGCUAACCAAUUUUCUCCACUUUUACUGACCUUGGGCGGAGGUCUGCGCUGCGUUAGGGUCCACUCUCACUGAGCUCAUAGGACUGGUUGGUUUACUGUGAAGUCUACGUGUCAGGCGACCAAAUGUGUGUGUUUUUUUUUUUUUUUUGGUUUAGCUUUGUUUUUGUUUUUUGUCUUGCGUGUUCCCCUGGUGUCAUACACAAUGGAGCGAAGCCAUACAACCUCUACAUUCUCUUCAAGGACUCAUCUAUGUAAAUGUCUUUUUAAAUACCUCCUACAUGGGUAGAGUUUCGCUUUUAUACAAAACUGAGGAGUCAACUUUUCCGUCUGCUUGUUUGUACAAGUACAAAAGCCAAAGGUGAUCCAGAAAGUAAAUAUUUUGUGAUGACGGUUGGCCAUAGCAGUUCCUUGGGAUUGGAUGCUGAUUUUAGUGGGGUUUUUUGUUUUUGUUUUUGUUUUUUUUUUUGCUUUAAGCUUCAAGCAAAUGUCCUUAUUCGGAAUGUUUUAGAGGCGGGUGUCGGGAUGUAGGGACAACAUGAACCUCCCACCCGCGACAGUGGUGCCACAGGAGGACCACCAGACUUGGAGUGGAAAACUGCCGCCCCCCACCCCAUCCUCCUCCCCCCCUCCCUGAAUAAGUCAUCCCCCCCACCCCCCCAAAAAAAGUACUUUCAGGCGCGCUCCUCUGUGUGACACUGAUGCGACGCCUCAAAUCAAUUAGCAAAUGGCAGCUAAGAAGAAAGUUGUGGGUUUGUUGAAAAUACCCUGGAAGCUUGGUUUUCGUAUGCCCUAGUUUUCGGCAGAGUCAGAAAAUCUACCUUUUUUUGAGAAGGGUCACAAUGAACUAAGUUGUGAUCGCCCAAUUUGUGACUUUCUUAUAGAUCAUGAUGCGGGCUGGACGAUAUGGCCUCAGUCACAUCUGCAAUGGAUUCCCUUCACGUCGUAAUUCGCGUUGUAAGCGUCAACGUUUUACAACGGAAUGACUCCAAAUUCUGAAUGGGUUGUCCGAUCUUUUAGCAAAGCUAGAACAAAAAAAACGAAAAGUCAAAUGAGAUAUACUGUUGAGAACAUUUAUUGUGCAGAGUUCAAAGGUCAUUCAGCCCUGCAUUGUGGAAAUAAAGAAUAGUAUCGAUUAAAAAUAUUGAAUAUACCAUAUAUUAAUAUACAUUUAGCCUUACAGCUACGUCACAACUGACUAUGUGGUACCACGCGAAUUCAUUUCCGGGAUUCGGACGCGUCGUGCGUUUCCUGGCUAGCCAUGUAUUAUUUUCUCCCCAGGCACUUAUUUACUUGCUGAUUUGUUAUUCAUAGAUUGUUAUUGUCCUGCGUAAUGCGCUUACAUCAAGAAAAAUGUUGGUGAAAAAUGUACUUUUUCUAUCAAAUGUUUGGAUUUUUUUUAUGUUCAUGUUUUUGGGUGUGUUGAAUGGAUUAAUUGGAGUUAUAUGAUUUUAGAUGGAAACAACCGCUUUGGUUUUCGACUAAAUCGGUCUGCAACCGAUUCGUCAUGAAAACAGAGGUUCCACUGUGAGGCAAAAGUGUCCUUUUUUUGUGUGGUUUUGCCUGGAGACGGUAGCUUUUUGUAGCAAAACCUGGGCAAAUCAGCAGACAAACGAUCUUUUCAGCACAAUCAAUGAAGAUCAGGCGUGUAUGUCCUCAAAUAGCGGCCGUGUGUGUUUGCCUCGAAAGGAAACGGGGGGCGGGUUUUAUCUUUAGAAUUGAUUUUUAUUAAAAAAUAUGCAUACAUUUUCUAUAGAAUCCUCUCGAGUAGCCGCACUUAUAAACUGCAGGUUUGAAUAUUGUCCCCUGGUUACUUUUUGUGGAUGCAAACAAUAAACGCCACACAAGAACAAUUGGCGCUGCUGUUUUGGGCUCAAAUGAAAUGAUCAAAUUUCUUAGCAUUUUUUACCGCUAGUGGGUUGGAAGAAAAAAAAAGGAGGCAACUUUUAAUGGUCUAUUUGAGGAAUGUGUUUAUAGAUCUUAAUCUCGAACCUCAUGACGAUGUCCUUGAUUCGAAGUAGGGCCACUAAAUGAGGACAUAUGCUGAUUGUCUGUUGAGAAGAUCACGUUUGAGAGCCUCUGUGCUUUCCAGUCACUGUGAAUUAAUCGACGUGAAACACGCUUCAAUGUAUUCCAUGUCUUUAUUAUGAAAACCAAUUUGAUUAUCACUUAAUUGCUGAUGCUAGACCUCUUAAAAUUGACGACCCUCAGGUAAACAUGAGUUGAUGUGUGUGUGGCGGGUGCAGAAUUUAUCAGAUUAAACGAACUCAGACUCCAUUCAAAA